GUGAAAGAAUUCCUCCGCCCAAAACUCCAGCUUCUUCGCGGAAACUAGGUGCCCAAGAACAAGAAUCAUCUGGUCACGAGAGUUUUGAUUUUGAGGAAAAAGUAAAAAGGCUAUCAGCUUGUUUCUAUGGACAGUUUGUUGAAGUUUGUUCGUGGGAUUCACUCGCGUGGACCAUGUGCUUCAGGCAAUGUUAAGCUCAUUGAGAGAAGCAUUGAGAGAUUUGGUAUCAGCAGCUCUUUGUUUGCUAAGUGCCAUGAGUGUGGCAUGGAGGAAUUUAUGGCUACAGGAGAGCAUGAUGGUGAUCAAGAGACCCCGAGAACCAUCCAGGGUAAAGAUAUCAAUAGACGAGUAGUUUAUGCUGCUUUUGAAAUGGGAAUUGGUAGAGAAGGGGUGGCUAAGCUAUGUGAAAUCCUAAACAUGCUAUUCAGCAUUUCCAUAGACACUUGGUAUAACCAUGAGGAAAUUCUGCAUGCUGCACAAAGUCACCAAGGAGCAGCGUAAAGCCAAUGGGAAUGAAGCAAAACAAGUCGCAAUAGAUGGAGGAACCUCAAGAAAUGAUAACAGUUCUCUUGUUGAUAUCCCUGUCACCUUUGAUUGCACUUGGUCAAAGAGGGGUUUUACUGCUAGUCAUUGUGCUGGUUUAGCCUGCAAAGACAAGUCUCAUCAUCUGGAUGCUGUCUUCAAAGAGCCAUUGCUAAAGAUUUAUGAAAGAUUAAGUGAGUCAGCAUUGUUGCAAAGGCCUGUUUGCCUGGCUACACACAAUGCCAAUGAAUCUAUCAAUUCUCUUGUCUGGAAAGUGUCCAAAGCACAAGUGGCAUGGAUCAAAGAGAAUAGGAAUGGUUGCAAAUGCUGCUGCCCUUCAUUUUAGUUGUGGCGCAACUAAGAAACACAAUGUUAUGAGGGAAGCAGGGCUUGUUGUGGGACACCAUACCAACAGAGCUAGUGAAAGAAGAGACUCAGGAAGAGUAAAACAGGCUGUGGCAAGAGUGCAAGAAAAGCACAAGAAAUAUAGGCUUGCAAGGAAACAAGCAAAAGCAAAAGAAGAAGAACUCCGAGUCAGGAGAGAAGGAAUGUCAUAUAAAGCAGGCAGUUUUAAUGACAUUGCUACUCUCAGAGAGCGUCAAAAGAUAAAACGGAACAAGAAGAGACAGUUAGGAUAGGUGUAAGCAGUGUAUCAAUGUAAAUUUGUGAGUUUAUGUAAGUCAAGGGGCUCUAAGUAGCAUCUAACUAUAUUGGUCAUUUUUAACUUGCAUUUCUCAAAUUAUGGAAAUUUUGUUCUUUUCGUACUUGCCCCUUAAAUAUCUUUUCAACAUAUUUUCACCAUAUUUUGCACAGUUAUAAUAGAUAUUAUAGUUAACAAAUUAAUUGAGCCUCUUGAAAAUUCCACAUAAAACAGAAAUUACAGUCUGAUAAAUAUUCUCUGUCGAUAAAUGGUUGUCAUGGUAACUACAGUUGGCAAAACCCCAAAAGGCUCAAUUACUUUAUAGAGUGUGUUGUGUAAGUGCUUUGUACUAAGUUACAGCUCUAUAGCUCUUUUAGAACACAAGAAUUUCAAGGGGAAGCUAGAACAAGUAAAAAAUUGUCUCCCGGAAUUCAUUAGUUAAUAAUUAACUUCAUUAAAGAUUCUGGUGUCUAUUGAUCAUGUUGUCUUACUUAUUAGUCAUUGAUUAAUGCAUGUGCCAAGUUUUGACUGUUUUCUCUCAAUUGUAAAUUUUUUAUGCAUUAUUUUAUAUCCAAGUGAAUUUGCCCCAAAAUGUAACCAGAAUGCCCCCUUAAAUGUUAUUUUGACAAAGCCACACAGUAAUUUAGUAUAAUGUCACUUGUAACGCGCGCUGUCAUUGGUUGAAAGGGCGUGCUCUGUAUGGAGCUGAGCUGCGUAAUUAUUUUUUUCGAUGAUUAAGAGCGAAAUUUCGGAAAACGCGAGCGGGAAAGUAGCCACAGAACAACCAAUUAAAGGUUUGUCAACAUGUCAAGCGCCGUAAUUUGCUUUAUUAUAACGAGCUUUAUAGGUUUUCACGCUCAGUUAGAUUCAAACUUAAGUACGGUAAUAAAACUCAAGCACGGCAAACACUCGUAUAGUAUUUAUAGUUUCGUGUUUAAAAACAAAGCAGGUAGAAGACUUGAAGUUAUAUCCAAACUGGCAUAAAUGUUUAAAAUUCAUACGAUCCAUGACGAUGUCAGAGUAACUGCGAUUUUGCUGAGGUCUUUCGCGGUUAGCUCAUCGGGCGAGCUCUCAGCAGUGAAGCAAGCCACUGAAAAAUCGUCGGCCGCUCAUCGAGUGAAUUGAACUACCGUAAUUUCAUUUUUGUAUGGCUUACACAAAGUGUGUAGCCACAUUAUGGCACG